UCGAAAUCUGGGAAUCAUCAUCUCAGACUCUCUCUCCUCUUCCUUUCAUCGAUUUGCCGCGAGAGAGAGAAAAAAAAACAACCGGCGAGCUCAAUCGCGUUCAAACGUAAUCGGGGUCCUUAUCGCCGGAUCAGCCAUUUAGCCUUUUGUAUAACAUCAUCCCAAGUAGUGUCCGUGUGUGUGUGUGUGUGAAUCGGGGAAUGAACGGUGACGAUGAUGAUGAGGUCGUCGCAGCUUCGGCAGUAGACACAUCUCUACCUCUUGAAUGGAGAUUCUCCCAGGUCUUCGGUGAACGCAGCGCUGGUGAAGAAGUUCAAGAAGUUGAUGUGAUAUCAGCAAUCGAGUUUGAUCAUUCGGGAGACCAUCUUGCAACUGGUGACCGUGGAGGACGCGUUGUUCUUUUUGAGAGAAGCCCUGUCACAAAUAGCAGUGGAGGAGAUAGAAGGGAUGUUGAAGAAACAGAUUAUCCUCCACUGAGGCACCCGGAGUUCCGUUAUAAAACUGAGUUUCAGAGUCAUGACCCUGAGUUUGAUUAUCUUAAGAGUUUGGAGAUAGAGGAGAAGAUCAACAAAAUUAGAUGGUGUCAAACCGCCAAUGGCGCUCUUUUUCUCCUUUCCACUAACGAUAAAACUAUCAAGUACUGGAAGGUUCAAGACAAGAAGAUCAAGAAAAUUUGUCAAGUAAAUUCAGAUCCUCCAGGAAAUGCAAGCUCCUCUAGCAUUACAACCGCGUGCCUUGGGAACGGAGGAGGAGUACCUGAAGCCAUCUCUUCGCUCCGGUUGCCAGUGGUAACUAGCCAUGAGUCUAGCCCUGUGGCAAGAUGUCGAAGAGUCUAUUCUCAUGCUCAUGAUUAUCAUAUCAAUUCCAUCUCAAAUAACAGUGACGGCGAAACAUUUAUUUCUGCUGAUGAUUUGCGAAUAAAUCUUUGGAAUCUGGAGAUAAGCAAUCAAAGCUUCAAUAUUGUUGAUGUCAAGCCUGAGAAAAUGGAAGAUCUAUCUGAGGUUAUCACAGCAGCAGAAUUUCAUCCUACGCAUUGCAAUAUGUUAGCUUAUAGCAGUUCGAAAGGCUCAAUUCGCCUGCUUGAUCUGCGCCAAUCAGCUUUAUGUGAUUCACAUUCCAAAUUGUUUGAGGAACCAGAGGCAGCAGGUCCUAAGUCCUUCUUCACUGAGAUAAUUGCUUCAGUUUCAGACAUUAAAUUUGCCAGAGAAGGAAGAUAUCUCCUUAGCCGUGACUACAUGACACUUAAGUUAUGGGACAUCAACAUGGAUUCAGGUCCGGUAUCAACUUUCCAGGUUCAUGAGUAUCUGAAACCCAAGCUCUGUGAUUUAUAUGAAAACGAUUCCAUCUUUGACAAGUUCGAGUGUUGUAUAAGUGGGAAUGGAUUGCGAGCAGCUACAGGUUCUUACAGCAAUCUGUUCCGUGUGUUUGGUGUCUCCCCGGGAAGUACUGAGACUGCAACCUUAGAAGCAACCAGAAAUCCUAUGAGGAGACAUGUCCCAGUUCCCUCGAAGCCAUCCAGACUAGGCGGUAUAGCGCGUGUUGUAGGUAGAGCAGGAACAGAGAGUCCUGCAGUCGAUGGGAGCAGUAGCAAUGCUCUUGAUUACAAAACAAAGUUGCUGCAUCUUGCUUGGCAUCCAAGUGAGAACUCAAUUGCUUGUGCCGCUGGAAAUAGCUUGUACAUGUACUAUGCUUAGCCACAUUACUCAGCCAAACAAAAAAGAAAAGAAAAGAGAAAAGCCAGAAAGACCCAUUUUCUCUGCUCUAGACUCUCUCUCUCUCUCUUUCUUGGUUCCUUCUUGGUGGUUAAUGGGAAUUGCUAUAUACAUCAUCCUGGACUUGUACACCUGGAAACUACUUUACAGGCCAAGAAAGAAAGAAAGAAAGAAAAUCCGAUCGAAAGAAAUCGUGAUUUUAGUAAAAGCAAUCUCAUAUAACUUUGGAUUGGAUAUAGAUUAGAUUAUUACUAUUAUACAAUCUUUUCUGCUCUUUUGUGUAAUCAUUGUUUUAUUGAUUCUUUUUUUUUUUUGUUAAACUUGUUUCUCCUUUGUUGACUUAUUAAAAUAAUGCAUUUCAUUAAUGUUA